CAAGACGCCACCCGGGCCGGGUGGGAAGCUGUUGGAGAGGUUUCUCGACUUUGAGAUGGAGAUUUUAACAGACCUGGUGGAAAUGGCGAAAGCUAGUUUGGAAGUGAGUAUGGGAGGCGAUAUGUUAAAAAAGCCACUUAAUCCGGUCGAGGAACAAGACGAGACGCGCACUGCCGCUGUGCGACAACGUGCGUGCCUGCCCAGUUCAUAUUAUUUUUGAAUCAUGGUUGGCGCAGAGCCCCGCGGGGCUCACGGCCACCGAGACCACCACGCGUUUCUUGUUAGGCAGGAAUGAACGCAAGGCCAGCAACCUCGGGCGCGCGGGGACUGCUCGGGCCAAUUUUCAUCCUUUUGUUUUUAUUUGUUGCUUGGCGUGGGCCUAGCGACUGUGGCCUGACCCAGGCCCUCCUCCCCAAGAAUCGACGCGCAGCGUGUGCUUUGGGCCGGGCCGCCGGAGCUCGGCAGCGGCGCAUGGCAUGCGCAUUGCGCUGCGGAGGGGACCUAGCCCGGUGCAGUGCCGACCGUCUAACCUUGUCAGUAUAGUCGCAUUAGGGAGCCGGGGCCCGACGCGAACCCGGCACCCAGCUGCCCUGUUGUCGCACGCGUUCGGCGAGUCGGUAUUGACAAGGCGCCCGGCCGCGUUACGGAGCGCGGCUGCAUGCUCCGUUUGCGUUUGGUAUGUGGACAUAGAUAUGUGUGAGCUUGUCUUGCCACCAUGUGAAUUGCUCUAGUGGCCGUCGUUUAUAUGUUCUCUUCCGCCCUCUUUGCCGGGGGCGUAGAGCCUUAUUUCCAAAUGGGGCGCCACCGUGUAUUAAAUCCCACCUGGUAACAGCGGUAGGAAAGUAGUGAGGCCGGGAUCGGGCGUGAACCGCGCCUGCGUCUGCACGUGCACAGAGCCCAUUUUGCGGCGUUUGAGGUGCCCCGUCGGGCUCUAAGCGGCACAACCUAAAGCUGCAGCGCACUCGUUUCCGCUGGCUAUCGUGAGUAUUUCCCGAUAGCUAUCGUAAUGGCGAUGGUACCGGAAUAAGUGAGUGUGCGUCCAUAGUGAGUAUGGGAGCAGGCGAUAUGUUAAAAAAACCACUUACUCCGGUCGAGGAACAAGACGAGUCUGGUUCUCCUCUAGCGAAACGGAUUCGAAUUCGGACCAGCCCGGGGGCAGGGACCACAAAUGCUGAUGCUGGAACCACUGCGACAAUGGAAGACCAGGUGAUGGGAGGU